AUGACAACUCUACCAGACCCGCCAUAUUUUUCUCAGCAGAGUCAGUCUACCAAGCGCAAGAGACUAGAACUCACAGAGGAUGAUGAUUUUCCAAGCUCUUUCCCCGCAAGCUCCAUCAACCCUCUGAGCCACUCUCCCGGAUUAGUAGCCCAGUUCGCCAUCGCAGGUCUCUCGGAAACAGACGAGAACCCUUCACAACAUAUUCGUGACUUCCCGCACCGUGGUUUUCCCAGCCGCAGCACCUCGGCAGCUGAACCUGAAAGUGAUGAAGAUCCAGAGACAGAAGGUGAUGAAGCGGCACGUCCCAAGUCGAAAAAGGCAACGAAUAGCAAGCGCAGCGGACACUUUGAUGUUCUUCUGCAAUCUUGUCACCACUUCGUCGACCAGGGAGAGAUAGAGAAAGCUUCUCGUACCUACAGCCUGCUUCUACAACUGCGACCGACUGGUCUUCCUAUUGAUGUUCGGCAUCACAAUCUCUGGGCUAUCGGUGCUGAGAUUCUCAUGCGAGAAGGUGAAAAUGCUCAACAUGAAGAAGCCCGUGAGACAAAACCGACCACCAAGAGAUGGGGUCGAGCAGAAAAUAUGAACAAAGUCAAGGCUUAUUUCGACACACUCAUCCAACAACAUCCGUAUGAUUCAAAGAUGCCCAACAUCGUUUCUGCGGUGGAUUUCUGGAUCGCCAUGUUCAGCUGUGAAAUUUACAACAUACAUGCAGAGCACGUAUUGCUUUUGGAACGACUGAUACAUGACACUGAAGAAGAAUCUUUCCAAGAAUCGUUCGGCCAUGACGAUAACUUCGGCAGUGAUGACACGGACAGUCCUGAAACGAGGCUGAUUCGAAGAAAAGAUGAGCUACGGCUUCAAUCACUAUCUGCUAUGCAGGACGUUACGAAGAGGAUGGACGAACUGAUUCGAGAGCUACCAUACUCGAAGAAUCCACAUUAUCUUCGCUUGCGUGCAAUGGCGUCCCUUUACCUGGCAGAUCUGGUAGUGCCCAUCAGUUCAGCUUCAAUGCUACAGACUGAGCAAGCACAGCAAGCCAGAUCAAAGGAACAGAGUGAGGCAAGAAGGUAUUUAGAGAGGAUGGUCAAUGAGGGCGGCGAACUGGACAGUGCCACAUUAAAUGUAUUGAAUCCUUCGGAUGAUUCCGAGGGAGAUACUUCGCUAUCACUAUAUAACAGUCUCCCGAUAAGGGGACUCUGA